AUGCCACCCUACGAUGAGUCUCCUGAGGCUGGCAGCAACUCGGCGCCCGACCUGCAAAUUCUCGGAGAUGAAAUCACUUUGCAACCCAGUGGCUACGUCGAACCGGAAGGUGGCCACGAGGGCAAGGAAGAGGCAUUGAUGAACCAAUUCGCUUCGUUCCGAGCCGAACCUUUACAAUUUCUCCGAGAAGUGUCGCUAUACGUUUCCGGUCAAGGUUGGCGAGCAUAUGAUAAUGUCAUAGGUCAGCCAGUCUUUUACUCUGGCUUUUCCGAAAAUAUGAAGUCCAUGGUCUUGUCAGCCCCAUUGCUUCAGCAACGCAUAACCAAGCUCGCCGAGGACAGAGUUGCCGUUGAGAUCAAAGAGGGGCUCUUAAACAAACAAGACAAAGAUUUCGGGGUCAAGUGUGCUCAGAGGCGAAAUGUUCUCGAGGGUGCACUGCAGGAAGUCGCCGAUAAGAUGACGGAUGACAUGAUUUGCAAAAUGGAGAGCAAGACGUUCAUUCGUGGAGCAUACUAUAUGGUCACCCAGCUUCUGACCAGAGCAUAUCACCAAGGGAUACAUGUGUCUAGCGAAGAAGUGCUGCGCCUUCGAAAGGUCGCUGACAUUGCCGCCAAGAAGAAGCAGAGCAUCAUCUUCUUACCCAGCCACCGAUCCCACGUCGACUACGUGUCGUUGCAGCUUAUUUGCUAUCGCCUCGGUCUUACGUUGCCUAUUGUUGUUGCAGGAGAUAAUCUCAAUUUUCCACUUGUUGGCAGCUUCCUACAACAUGCUGGUGCCAUGUGGAUUCGACGUUCGUUUGGCGAUGAUGCUUUGUACACGACACUAGUGCAGAGCUACAUCGACACUCUGCUACAAGAGGGAUACAACUUUGAAUGCUUCAUUGAAGGCGGCCGUUCUCGUACCGGAAAGCUGCUGCCGCCAAAGUUUGGCAUUCUCAGCUUCAUUCUUGACAGUAUUCUCUCCGGCCGGGUGAACGACGCCAUUGUGUGUCCGGUCAGCACCCAGUAUGACAAAGUCAUCGAAACCGAAGGUUACGUUACCGAAUUACUGGGAGUGCCGAAGAAGAAGGAGAAUUUGGCGGAUUUCCUCUCUGGUGGCUCGUCCGUUUUGUCACUGAAGCUUGGCAGAGUUGAUGUCAGGUUCCACGAGCCAUGGAGUCUACGGCAAUUUGUCGAUGAGCAACUUACGCGUCUUCCCACUAUCCCGCCUGGACUAGAUACCGACCACCGCAACCCCGAUGUGCGUGCAGCAAGAGAAAAGAUUUUGAGGACCAUGGGUUACAAAGUGCUCGGUGACAUUAACGCCGUGUCCGUGGUUAUGCCGACAGCUCUGAUCGGUACUGUUCUCCUCACUCUGCGCGGUCGUGGAGUCGGCUUGCAAGAACUGAUUCGCCGCGUCGAAUGGCUGACUGCCCGAAUCCGUGCCAAGGGAGGCCGCGUUGCUCACUUCGGUAAUGCACCCACCUCUGAAAUCAUCAAUCGUGGACUGGACGUACUGGGCAAGGACCUCGUUGGCGUUUUAGAUGGCUUGGCGGAACCAACUUUCUACGCGGUCGACCGAUUCCAAUUAUCGUUCUACCGGAACAUGACCAUUCAUUUGUUCAUUUAUGAGGCGCUUGUUAGUGCGGCGUUGUAUAUGCAUGUGAAGCGCGGAGGUGGGCCGUCUAUGCAGGAUAUAUCAUACGGAGAAUUGAAGGACCAAGUGUUCUUCCUGUCUUCCCUUUUCCGCGGAGAGUUUAUCUUCGGGUCAGCUGGUCUUGUGACCAAUCUGGAUAACACUCUGCGCGGCCUCGAGGCAGAUCAUAUAGUUCGCCUCGACCGCGACGAGAAUGGCCAUGUUACCACAAUCGGACUUUCGGCGGAGGAGCGCAAGGCGGGCCGCGAGAACUAUGACUUCUAUUGCUUCUUGAUUUGGCCUUUUAUAGAAGCCAGCUGGUUGGCGGCCGUCUCUCUUAUGGGCUUAUCUCCCCCGCCAGGGAGCAACGGAGAUAUCUGGGUAGAGCAAAACAAAGCACAGAACAACGCACAACUUUUGGGCAAAACCCUUUACCACCAAGGAGAUUUAUCCUACUUUGAAGCCGUCAACAAGGAGACGCUCAAAAAUUCGUACACCCGCUUUGAGCAAGACCAGAUUGUACACGUCGUGAAAUCUAAGGACCCUAAGAUUCCGCCAAGAAUCCAACUCGACCCGGAAUGGCAGCCUUCUCGAGACCCUGAAACUGGUGCCCUCAUUGCGGCCGGCAAGCUGUGGGAUUUCACCGAAAAGAUUGCUAGUUCACGUCGCGAAGGCAAGAACCGACGUGAUGGGGCCACGGUUAGUGUUCGUGUCCUACGAUUGACGGACGAGCUCGGAGCAAAGCUGUUUGCCGAGGCUGUUGAAGGAGAGAAGGAGGGCAAGAACAAGGUGCCGAGUCGACUCAGCGCCGAGGACCAAGAGACGCACAAGAAGGACGUGCGACGGAGAAAGAAGAAGCUGAACCAGAGGGCACAUUUGUAA